AUGGGGAGCACCGAGAGCAGCGAGGCCCGCAGGGUGUCCUUCGGAAUGGACGAGGAGGAGCGGGUCCGGGUGCUGCAGGGCAUCCGGCUGUCUGAAAAUGUGGUUAACCGCAUGAAGGAUUCCAGCCAGUCUUGCCAAGCAGGCCAGCCUACUUCCCCUCCUGCCCCUCCACCUUCGACAUUUGGCACCUCUAAAGGCCCAGAGAAAGACUCCAAACUGCCCAGGUCUGAGUACGGUGGUGGCCAGCGGUCUUCCGGGAUGGAGGAGGAUUUCCUCAAGAGGUAUAAACAGGAGCAGGCCAAGGUCCAGGAUGAGCUAUUCCAGGUGGUGACGAGGGAAAGAGAGGCAGCCACAAAGCAUAGGAGUGCAUCCCUGCAGCGGGGGGAGGGCAGCAUUGACCAGGAGAAGCAGAAGUCAACCCAGCUGGCCAGGGAGCUGGAGAGCCGGGAGGCAGAGCUGAGCCGCCGUGACACCUUCUGUAAGGAGCAGCUGGGGCGCCUUGGGAGGAAGAAUGCCGAGAUGUAUAAACUGUCUUCACAGCAAUUCCACGAGGCAGCUUCGAAAAUGGAGGGCGCGAUAAAGCCCCGCAGGAUAGAGCCCGUGUGCUCAGGGCUACAGGCCCAGAUCCUCCGCUGCUACCGUGACCACCUACAAGAAGUGCUCCUGUGCUCGGAUCUGGUCAAGGCUUACCAGCACUGUGUGAGUGCUGCCCACAAGCUUAGGCCCCGGGAGGUGGGGCUGCUGCAGUACUGGCUACAUCUCACGCGCAGGGUGCCAUGUGCCUGUCUGGGCUUCGAGGCCUGCUGCCCGGAGCAGGCUGUGGGGCAGCCCAGAGCCUAG